CAAUGAGUGCGAGAUCAGAGAGUAAUUAAAGAGUUCCAGGCACACUUGGAAGAAAGCCAAGUUGAAUGACAGCUGACGAACGAAUGACAUUAGGAGAGAACGGAGGCAACACGAAGAAGGUGAUACGUGGUGAUAAGGUGUGAAAAUCAUUGGAAGUUGGAACAGUAUAGUUUGGCGAAUGCCUCUCGCGAGCGCGACGUCUGGCAGACUAUUCAGAUUCCUCUGAAGACAAAGACUUGGCAGAGAGAAUCGCGGCCAUAAGGUUUACAUAAGUGAAUGAUGUCUGCCCAAAACGCCAUGCGUUUGACGAAAACUGUGAAAAAGUUAGAAAAACCCCGUCCAUUAAAAGUAGCGGCAAAUCAGAAUCGUCAUUCUGUUGUGGAUAGUCGUUUAUCUUCAGUUGAAGAUGUAAUGGCUUUAGCUGAUGCUGUUUCAAUGCACAUUAUGAAUGGAAACUAUGACAAAGUGCUGCAAACCAAUAUAUGCACUUUAUGCACGAAUUUGAAGAUUUAUGGAUCACAAUUGGAAGCUGUGUACAAAGAUCAGCUGGACCGUGCAUAUGUUGUUUUCCGAAAUGGUUGCCGAGAUGACAGGUUAGACGUAAGUUCUCGAAUUCAACUCUUGGAACUGAUCGAGUUGCGAGCUACGAACUGGUCUCCAUGUGACAACAUGAAUAGCUACUAUAAGCCAAAACUCAGCACUAUUGAAACUGAAAUUGUGUCGGCCCCUGAAACACCUACUCAUCCUGGCAUGACUCUGCCCUUAAUGUGUCCAUCUAGUUCACCUACCACUGUGCAACCUCCUGUUUUAUCUCCUGGUGAAGUAAUAAAAACAUCUGGAAAAUUUGCUAAACCCACAAAAAUUCCUGGCAAGAAUUAUUGUAAGGAUGAAGUUGUAAUAAGGAAUUCAGAUUCAGGCAAAGUGAGUCCAGGGGCUAAAGAAAGGCUUGUCCAGAUCACAGGACCUGCAGAAGAUAAAAUUAAUUAUGCUAAGCAGCUCAUGGAGGAUACAAUCCGUCGCAAUGCUUCUCCAGUUCGUUUAGAGCAGGCAGAGAAAGAAAGAGUUGGGGGCUCUAGUAGCAGCCUGAACAGUAGUGCUUCUGAUGACAGUAACCGCCUUGCUCAAGGUAUGAACCGUACCAAAUUAUUGCAUAGUUUUUCUACAAACGAUGCAAGUUUGGGUGAAUAUAAAUAUACAGUCACAGUGGGAAAUCAUUCCUUGAAGAUUACUGGCACAAAUCUUGAUUUAGUGAGGACAGCAAAAUUGGUUUUGGAUGAAUACUUUUCUGGAGAACCAGAGCAGUACAUAGGGACUGGUGAUUUUUUCACAGCGUAUGAGGAUGAAGCAGCUGUUUCGGUUGUUGGCUCUGCAACCCCUGUGGGAAACAUACCAAGUCGAGUGGGCAGUAUGGAUAGCGCAGCAACAAGUGAAAGCGAGGAAACAUUCAAGGCCUCUGUGACAACUGCUUCAGAGAUCAAAGACUCAUUUCAUGAAACCAACAGUGAUGGAGCUUUCAUGGUCCUACGGCAGCCACUAUUUCCUGAUGCCUCAAAAGAAGCUUUUGAACAGGCAGAGGCUUCUGGGCGCUCGACCGACGUGAAUGCUCGUAACAGGCGGGCUCUCUUUGCCCUCACCAACCAACAGCAAUCAAACUUGGAGUCUCAGCCGAAAUCUGAAGGAGAUGCACCAAUUGCUCCUCGGAAGGUCCGAUACUCCCGUGAAUUCUUGCUUCACCUGGCACUUUCUUCAUUCAGCUGUGAAACCCCUGCUGACUGGGAGCAAAUAAGUUCUGAGUGCCCUGCUAUAAUAAAGAAGGUACACUUCAAUGAUCUACCCUCUGCAUAUCAUGGCUAUGGUGGCUAUGAAACAUCACGAUAAAUGUUUUUCCUUUAUGUGUGUGUUGGGUGAGAAACAAUUAACUCUGCAUAUGGAUGUUCACAGAAGUAUUUGAACUAACAUCUGUCUUAGGUGCAAUCCCUUAUAUUAAAGAUGGUGUUUUAAAUAUCCACUAAUAUCUAAUUUCUUUGUGAUUGUGAUAACGCUUAUUUUUGUGAUACUAGUUUAUGACAAUAAUUCAGAAAAUUUUGAAAUACGCAUUUUUAAUGUACUGUUUUAAAAGAAAGGUCUUUUUAAUAAAAGAGCAUAUUGAGGUUACCACCUGUAUUGAUGCUAUUGAUACUGAACAAAGAUUAUGUAAAUGUGAUUCUACACAUGCUUUGUUUCUGAUGUGCAUAUUGAAACGUAGAUGUUACAUAACAGAAAUUAAGUUUAUCUGUUUUUAAUAUUUAAUGUGUCACUUGUUAGUGAAGAAUAAUGUCAUUAUUUAUUUCUUGUACUGAUGAUUUGGGGAUUCUGCAUUCAGGUGUCACCAUUUUAAUUAAUAAUUGUUAACUUUCGUCAGGUCAAUAAAUUCGGUGAGAAUUUAUCAUGGAAAUUGUUUUAUCAUGUGGUGGUAAAACUCAAUGUGCUGUUGCAUGGUUUGAGAGGAGCAUUUUCAGAUAAUUGUUACUUGGCAUGCUGCGAAAACCUACUAAUUUGCUAUUCUUCUUGAAUUGUUUUCUUCACAAACCAUGAACUUUCCUCCAACUAUUUUAUAGAACUAAAAGUAAUUUUGUACUUUUUCAACAUCUGAAAUUAAAGAAAAGUAUAACUUAGUUUUAUUAUAUGAAAAUCACUUUGAGAGCUAUUAUAUAUACAUAUCUAUUAUAUUUAGAAAUAUUUGUGACUGAAUUUCAUGCAUAUAUUUGAUAAAGUUUCUUGGCAUAAUUUUGAUGAACAUUAUAUUUUGGCUUGAAAUUUUUCUAACUUCAAGUAAUAAAUUUUGUUUCAUUGUGUACAUUUUAGAUUCCUGAAGUAUUGUUAGUUAUAUUUUUAGUUACAAAACUUUUUCUGGAAAAUUUAUUUCUUUGAAGUUGAACUUUUUUUUCCCUAAAAGGAACAAUUUAUUUGUUCUUGUUUCUCUUAGAGCAAUUGUAAAUUAUUGAAGAGAGGUUGAAUUUAAAUGUUUUUAAAUCCAUAAUGUAAAAAAUGUUAAAAAGCAAAUUUUUUUUGCUGAAAUUUUUCUCUAAAGCCAUGUUUUUUGUUACUUCUCAUUUCCCUAAGAUACAAUUUUAGGAAGAAAUGUAUUGAAAUGAUUAUCUUCUUGUAUUUAAUGUAAAUGAGAUUUGAAACAAUAUCACUACUUGAAUUUGACUGCAGUAAUUUCAGAAUCGGUUAUCUUGUUUAUUUGACAUUUUGUCUUGAUGUUUUUUAUAUUCCUGGUACGCACUCUUAGAAUGGUGAUAUUUCAAUAACAGAACAGAGUUAAUUUUUCAAAUUUACAAGUUGUUAUAUUUCUGACGUAAGACAAUUGAAAAGAAAAUGCUUACAUCAUGAGUUAAGGCACUAUCUUCCCUCACUAUUGCUCAGAGGUACUUUGAAACGAAGAAAUCCGUUUCAAUAUUUUAGAGACUGAAUUACAGAAAUGAUGCUAUUAAAAUUUCAUGAAAAAUUUAUUUUCCAAACUUGAAUCUGAUUCUGAGGCAGAAUUUCUUACAAUACCAAAGGCAAUAGAGAGAUCUGAGUAUUCAAGAUUUAUUGUGUUGAUAUUAGAAUAAAUCAUUAUCCCUAAUAAAAGAGGAGUUCUGUUUCUUUUAAAAUAUGUCUUCUAGUUGUGGUUCAAUGUUACAAAAUACUAAUGUUUAUUAUUACUGUAAAAUUGAAUUGCUGAAAUCUACAAGGUGCUUAGAGAAAGGUGCUAUUGAUAAUACAUAGUGUGCUUUUUUAGUUUCUAUUCCCAAGGUCAAAAAAUUAUCUACUAUUUGCUUUAGAUUUCAUAGAGAAGUUUGUGACAUAUUAUAUGUACUGUUUUUAUACUGUUGAGUUGUCAGGAAUAAAACUAAAUCUUCAUGAA